CAAUGGUAUUGGAAUAUACUCUGGCAGAGUAAAGGAACGACUUCAGUAUUCCCCAUUUGCUUCUCGAAGUGUGCCCUCCAGCCUCCUCAUGAGUAUUCCCCAUUUGCUUCUCUAGGAGAGAGACAGUAGACAACCAAAGAAACUAUGCCGAUCGGAGAAGCUGUGCUGUCUGCCUUCAUGCAAGCACUUUUUGAUAAAGUGAUUGCAGCUGCUAUUAGUGAGCUGAAAUUCCCUCGAGACGUCACGGAGGAGCUGCAGAUCCUAUCAAGCAGCCUGUCGACAAUUCAAGCACAUGUUGAAGAUGCUGAGGAGCGACAGCUGAAGGAUAAGGUCUCACGAAGCUGGCUAGCCAAGCUCAAGGAAGUUGCAUAUGAGAUGGAUGAUUUGCUUGAUGAAUAUGCAGCUGAGGCCCUCCAGUCCAAACUAGAAGGCCCAUCCAACCAUGACCGUCUGAAAAAGGUUAGGAGCUGUAUCUGCUGCUUUUCGUUGGACAAUUGUUUACUUAACCACAAGAUAGUGAAGCAAAUAAGGAAGAUCGAGGAGAAGCUUGAUAGGCUUGUCAAAGAAAGGCAGAUUUCUGGUCCAAACAUGAUCAGUGGCACUGACAGGCAAGAGAUAAGAGAGAGGCCCAAGACAAGCUCACUCAUCGAUGACUCAAGUGUGUUUGGAAGAGAAGAAGAUAAAGAGGCAAUUGUGAAGAUGUUGCUGGCUCCUAAUAACUCGAACCAUGCCAACUUUUCCAUUCUUCCCAUAGUGGGUAUGGGGGGGCUAGGAAAGACAACUCUAACACAGCUUGUCUACAAUGAUGCAAGAGUAAAGGAGCAUUUCCAGUUACAGGUGUGGUUAUGUGUUUCUGAAAAUUUUGAUGAGAUGAAACUUACAAAGGAAACCAUUGAAUCAGUUGCAAGUGGGUUCUCAUCAGCCACGACGAAUAUGAACUUGCUUCAAGAAGAUCUCUCAAGAAAGCUGCAAGGUAAAAGAUUCCUUCUAGUCCUUGAUGAUGUAUGGAAUGAGGACCCUGAAAAAUGGGAUAGAUAUCGCUGUGCUCUAGUUACUGGGGAAAAGGGAAGCAGGAUUAUAGUUACCACACGAAACAAAACUGUUGGGAAAUUGAUGGGUGGGAUGAUUCCUUACCACCUGAAGCAGUUAUCAGACAACGAUUGCUGGAAGUUAUUCAAGAACCAUGCAUUUGUAGAUGGUGACUCCAGUGCACACCCAAAUUUAGAAAUAAUAGGCAAGGAAAUUGUGAAGAAGUUGAAAGGUCUACCGCUAGCUGCUAAAGCAAUAGGCAGUUUACUAUGUGCCAGGGAUGUGGAGGAAGAAUGGAAGAGCAUAUUAAAGAGUGAAAUAUGGGAAUUACCAUCAGACAAGAACAAUAUAUUGCCAGCUCUGAGAUUGAGUUACAGUCAUUUGCCAGCCAUAUUGAGAAGAUGUUUUGCAUUUUGUUCCGCAUUUCCCAAAGAUUAUGUGUUUGAGAAACGAAGGCUGGUCCAGAUCUGGAUAGGCCUUGGGUACAUUCAGCCUCAAGGAAGGAGAACGAUGGAAGAAAUUGGGGGUGGCUACUUCGAUGAAUUGCUAAGCAGGUCCUUCUUCCAAAAUCAGAAGAUUGGGUAUGUGAUGCAUGAUGCCAUGCAUGACCUAGCACAGUCUGUUUCUAUUGAUGAAUGCCUAAGACUGGAUGAUCUACACAGCAGCAACCCUGCAAGAAACGCCAGGCACCUAUCUUUCUCUUGUGACAAUAGAAGCUGGACCUCAUUUGAAGCUUUCCUUGGAUUUAAGAGAGCACGCACACUUCUACUACUAAAUGGGUAUAAAUCGAUGACAAGCCCUAUCCCCAGUGAUCUGUUCCUCAAGUUAAAGUACCUUCAUGUGCUUGACUUGAACCGAAGAGACAUUACUGAGCUGCCAGAUUCUAUUGGGAAUUUAAAAUUGCUUCGAUAUUUGAAUCUUUCAGGCACCGGAAUAACAAUGUUACCUUUAUCAAUUGGUAGGCUCUUCAACUUGCAAACACUAAAGUUGAAAAACUGCCAUGCACUGGACUACCUCCCAAAGAGCAUAACCAAUCUUGUAAAUCUUCGAUGGCUAGAAGCAGGAACAGAGUUGAUUACUGGCAUAGCUGGAAUAGGGAAUUUGACUUGCCUUCAAGAGUUGGAGGAAUUUGUUGUCCGUAAGGACAAAGGAUACACAAUCAGUGAGCUGAAGCCAAUGAAGAGGAUCACAGGACAUAUUUGCAUUAAGAAUCUUGAGAGUGUGGCUAGUGCGGAAGAGGCAAAUGAAGCUCUGCUAAGUGAAAAGACAUACAUCAAUGUUCUCCAUCUUGUAUGGUCUCAUAGGAGACGCUUGACUUCGGAAGAAGCAGAAAGAGACAUAGAAAUACUUGAACACCUCAGACCACAUCAUGACCUCAAUGAGUUGACAGUCAAGGCAUUUGCUGGCUUCUACUUUCCAGAUUGGUUAAGUAGUCUUACUCACUUGCAAAGUAUCCACCUGUCUGACUGUAUGAACUGUUCGAAUCUACCAGCGCUUGGAGUGCUGCCUCUACUCAAGUUUUUAGACAUUGGGGGUUUUCAUGCCAUUAUUCAAAUCAACCAAGAGUUUUCAGGGACCAGUGAAGCUAAGAAUUUUCCAUCACUCAAGGAACUCAUAUUUGAGGAUAUGCCUAAUCUCAAAAGGUGGGUUUCAGUGCAGCACGGUCAAUUGCUUCCGUCACUCACAGAACUUGUAGUGUUUGACUGCCCGCUUCUAAUGGAAUUCCCAUCCCUCCCAUCGACAUUAGUGAAACUCAAAAUUUCUGAAACAGGGUUCACUGUUCUUCCUGACAUACAUACUCCAAGCUCUCGAUUUGCAUCGUCAUUGGCAUGUCUACACAUUGAUCAGUGUCCAAAUCUUACAUCCUUAGAUCAAGGUCUGCUUAGCCAGAAAUUACUGGGUCUUGAGGAAUUAACAAUUGCCGACUGUCCAGAGCUAAGUCACCUGCCAGUUGAAGGAUUCAGAUCCCUAACUGCUCUUAAGUGUAUUAACAUUUAUGAUUGUCCAAAACUGGCACCAUCACAACAGCAUAGCUUGCUGCCCUGCACGCUUGAAGAUCUUCGCAUCAGCUCAUGCUCCAAUCUAAUUGAGCCUCUUCUUCGAGAGAUUAAUGAGAUAUCAUUGACAAACCUUGUCAUCACUGACUGUACCAGCCUUCAUAAUUUUCCAGUAAAGCUACCUGCAACUCUGCAAAAACUGGAGAUCUUCCAUUGUUGUAAUCUAAGCACCUUGCCUCUUGGUCUAGAAGAAGCAUCAUGUUUAGCAGCUAUGACAAUUUUGAAUUGUCCUCUUAUACCAUGCUUGCCAGGACAGGGCCUCCCACAAUCAUUGAAAGAAUUGUACAUCAAAGAAUGCCCGAUGCUAACAGAGAGUUGCCAAGAAAAUGGCGGAGAAGACUGGCCUAAAAUUGCACAUGUACCAACCAUUGAAAUAGAUGAUAGCACCACACCCAGCUGGAGUAUAAGAAAAAGAUUAUUGUGAAUGCCUGAUAGCAACACAACAGAAAGGUAAGGACUCUGUGAAUUCUAUUUGGACAAUGUUGAUGCUUGAAGACUGAAGAACAUUAUAUGUUCCAUUUGCUACCGUCAUACAGUACCCUAAUGUGCAAAAUUAGAUGUACUUCAGCCAAUUUUUUUGGAAAAGUACAUUAGGAAGCUUCAGAAACCGAAAUGAAGAAGACGAUACUGGCAGCAGGCAGACGUUUCAGUUUCUUUCCGUUUGUGUAACUGCAUCCAAAAAUUGGGAAUCUGCGCUUCUGAUAGAAUUCAUUACGGCUAUCACGUCAAUAGCAACUUUUUAUGGUUAUCCAACUACUCCAAUAGGCCACAGCAGUUUUCAACAGUUAAUGGACCGUCAGAAGUUUUGUCAUGGAAA